AUGCUAAAAAACGACAUUUCUCUAGAGGCUCUCGCUGUGGUGUCGAUGUGUUUGAUUACUUUAAUUGUUGUGCACCUCUUGAAACAAGGGAGCAAGAAUUCUGCGAGGGAGUAGCAGCAUGUAAGAUGGAAAUAGGAGAAGAAUUAAUUUUCAGUGGUGUUGACAGAUUCUGAAUUUAACACCUUGUUGGAUGAAACCAAUUACAUCGAUUGA